AUGUCGCCGGUUCAUUGUGAAAACUCAACGUAUCCGGCCAUGAGAGGAGUCAAUGUUAUCGUGCUGCUGAGCACGCUCUCAACUUCUAUCCUCGCAACAGAGCCAACCCGGCCUCGAGGUGUAGCCCCUAAAUUUGCAAAAUUUUACCAGUCUGUGGACUCGUUUUCCUGUGUCUUAAACCCGGAAAUCAAGCUUUCGCUUUCCCAGGUCAACGAUGACUACUGCGAUUGUCCAGAUGGCACAGAUGAGCCUGGCACCGCGGCCUGCUCUUACAUCUCUCCUCUAUCACCCUCACAACCAGCCCCGGCCAACGCACACGUUUUUUUCGCGCUUGCUGGCUUUUACUGCUACAACAAAGGGCACAUCGCAAGCUACAUACCCCACAUACAUGUCAAUGAUGGGGUCUGCGACUACGAGCUCUGCUGCGAUGGUACCGAUGAGAACGCCGGUGUUGGAGGUGUUAAGUGCGAGGACAAGUGCAAGGAAAUUGGAGAGGAGUGGAGGAAAGCUGAUGAGAUACGGUCGAAGAGUGCGAAAGCGGCAGCGAAGGAGAGGAUCAACCUCGUGAACGAGGCGCAAGCACUAAGAGCUGGUGUAGAAAUUAGUAUUAGAAAUUUGGAGGCUGAGGUUACGGUUUUGGAGCAGAAGGCGGAAGAAUUGAAGAAGAAGUACGAGGAAGUUGAGAGGAAGGAGAGGGGCCGGAUGGUUACUUCAACUGGGAAGGGCAGCAAGGUCACUGUUCUGGCUGGAUUGGCAAAGGCGAGGGUCAACGAACUGAGAGAGGCCCUCAUCAACGUCGUGGACAAGAGGGACAAGAUGAAGGAGAGACUUGAGGAGCUGGAGAAGAUCAUGGCUACCUUCAAGGAGGAGUAUAAUCCCAAUUUCAAUGAUGAGGGUGUUAAGAGGGCUGUGCAUGCCUGGGAGGACUAUGCUGCUCAGAAGCUUAUCUCGAGAGAAGAGGCCGAGUCUGCGGAAGACAGAGACUUUGCUGAGAUCAUGAAGGAGGACUCUGAGAGCGAAGGAAUCAACUGGGCCGAGUGGGAGACCGAGGAGGAGAGCGAUGUCGAAGCUCUCUACAAGUUCGAAGAAUAUCUCCCUGAACCAAUUCGCGAAUGGGUACACCAAAGGAUUAUUGACGUCCGCAUCAUGCUUAUCGAGAACGGAAUUCUAGCCGAUCAUGCCAAUUCAGGGUCUGAAUCCAAAACUGUUUCUGACGCACGCUCUGCCCUCCAAGCUGUCAGCGAUGAGGUCUCGACAAAGUCUUCCAAAGUAGGUGAGCUUCGCAGAGAUCUAGAGAAAGACUACGGCGCAGACGAUAUUUUCCGCGCUCUCAAGGACAAGUGCAUCUCCAAAGACUCAGGCGAAUAUGAAUAUGAGCUCUGCUGGAUGGGUAAUACCAAGCAGAAGAGCAAGAAGGGCGGCUCGCAUACGGGAAUGGGCAACUUUGUCAAAUUUGACAAGAUGGUCGUCAAUGAGGAGAUCAGUGCUGACGGCAAGGGUCUCGGAAGGGGGGAGAGGAUAGUGUUGAGUUAUGAGAAUGGGCAGAAUUGCUGGAACGGGCCCAACAGACAGACCACAGUUGUCUUGGCUUGUGCGGAGAAGGACGAGAUCUGGAAGGUGGUCGAGGAAGAGAAGUGCAUGUACAAGAUGGAGGUUGGAACACCAGCUGCUUGUGAAGCGACAGAGGAGAAGAAGCCGGAAGGCAAGAAAGAUGAGUUGUGA